ACAAAGUCCGAGCUAAGCAUUUACUAGCCUGGUCCAUUCGUCACGUUCUUGGCGUUAUACUGUAGUGCAAUGGAUACUUCGGUCUUCUUCAUUCUGCUUUUCUCUUUAGUUCUUUCAAGUACAGAGGCUUUUGAGUCCAGCUGCCCACCUGCAAAAUUUGGUCAUGGUGCUUUCGAUAUCAGGUUCCCUUUCAGACUAAAACCCCGUCAGCCCCAAAACUGUGGUGACCGAGGCUUUGAUCUUUUUUGCAGAAACAACUCCAUCAUGAUCCACUUCCCAUCUUACGGUGACUUGGUUGUCAAAUCCAUUUCUUAUGAUACAAGGAAACUAAAUCUCCUUGACCCCAAAAAUUGUGUCCAUGAAGUUUUUCUAAACCUCAAUCUUUCCCUCACUCCAUUUGAUUACUACCAUGUCUUGAAGAACUAUACGUACUUCAAUUGUUCAGCUUCGAUUGGGCCCUCUGUCACCCAAGUCCCAUGUUUAAGUGGUCCUCAACACCAUGUUUAUACUGUCGAAUCUUCCGUCCCCGUGCCAGAUUGUUGCAGAACAAUAAAAACUGUCGCAAUUCCAUUUGCAUACAGUUCUUAUCUUUCCGACAGCAGCUUCGGUCUCGGGCUAACUUGGGACUCGCCUGAACGUCAGGACUUCGGCUUCCAGUCUAAAACAGGAUGGUUCCAUUUAGCACGACAAGAAGUCCCAAUGAUAGCAGGCAUGGUUCUUUUAGCUGCUGCAAUGCUGAUAAGCAUGAAGAUCCUUUAUACCCAGAUACUGGAUUCACAUGUAGACAAGGAAAAUCAAUUUGUAAAGAAGUUGCUAGCGUAAAUAAAGCCGUGAAGCAUAAAAUCUGCUAAAAAUGAUUAAAAUGGACAUGUAAAUUGAGUAUUCAGUGUUAAUUAUAGUUGGCAACAAUGCUUUCCUUUUUUUUUUUUCCUUUUUCAGUGCGAAGGCUUUCUAUCUUUCUUUUUCCCCAAUUAAAGAUACCAGUUGAGAUAUUUUGAUAA